AUGGAGACCAUCCUGGACAUCAAGAUCAAAAGGGCCAAUAAAGUAUAUUAUGCUGGGGAAAUGUUCUCUGGUGUAGUGGUUAUAUCUAGCAAAUAUUCAGUACAACACCAAGGAGUUUUAUUAACAAUGGAAGGUCUGGUGAACCUGCAGCUCAGUGCCAAGAGUAUUGGUAUGUUUGAGGCUUUCUGUAACUCUGUUAAGCCUAUUCAAGUUCUUACCAGUUCAAUAGAAAUUGUGAAGCCAGGAAAAUUUCCCAGUGGUAAAACAGAAAUUUCUUUUGAGUUCCCUCUGCAUGUGAAAGGCAACAAAGUUUUGUAUGAGACCUAUCAUGGUGUAUUUGUCAACAUUCAGUAUACCCUCUGGUGUGACUUGAAACGAUCUCUUUUGACCAAGGACUUGACAAAGAUAUGUGAAUUCAUCAUUCAUUCAACUCCUCAGAAGGGUAAAUCAACUCCAAGUCCUGUGGAUUUCACAAUCACACCUGAAACCUUGCAAAAUGUUAAAGAGAGAGCUUCCCUCCCCAAAUUUCUCAUCAGAGGACAUCUCAACUCAACUAACUGUGUUAUCACACACCCACUAACAGGGGAGCUGGUGGUUGAGUACUCAGAAGCUGCCAUUAAAAACACUGAGUUACACUUGGUAAGAGUGGAAACUUGUGGUUGUGUGGAAGGCUAUGCCAGAAAUGCCACAGAGAUUCAAAAUAUUCAAAUUGCUGAUGGUGACGUUUGCAGGAGUUUAUCUGUUCCCAUAUACAUUAUAUUUCCCAGACUUUUCACUUGCCCCACUCUUGAAACUACCAAUUUCGAAGUUGAAUUUGAAGUUAAUAUUGUGGUCCUGCUUCAUGAUGAUCACUUCAUCACAGAGAAUUUCCCACUGAAACUCUGUGGAAUUUAA